GCUUGACUGCUCAUGGUAGCUGAGUGAGCACGCGAGCCCGAGAAGGGGAAGGGGAAUUGAGUUGGUGCGCGACGUUGAGGUUUUCUGUGUGAGAGGAACUCGCCGCACUUUGCUUCUCUGGGAACAAAGUCUGCUGCAGUCUCGAGGCCCUCGGGAUGUUCGUCGCGCGCAGCAUUGCGGCCGAUCACCGCGACCUCAUCCACGAUGUUUCCUUUGACUUUCACGGGCGGCGAAUGGCGACCUGCUCCAGUGACCAGAGUGUGAAGGUUUGGGACAAAGGUGAAAAUGGAGAGUGGCAUUGUACUGCUAGCUGGAAGACACACAGUGGCUCUGUAUGGCGUGUGACAUGGGCGCAUCCAGAGUUUGGACAGGUCUUGGCAUCCUGUUCUUUUGACAGAACAGCUGCUGUAUGGGAAGAAAUAGUGGGCGAAUCAAACGAUAAACUGCGAGGACAGAGUCAUUGGGUGAAGAGGACUACUCUGGUGGACAGUAGGACAUCAGUUACAGAUGUAAAGUUUGCUCCCAAACACAUGGGUCUUAUGUUAGCAACAUGUUCAGCAGAUGGUGUUGUUAGGAUAUAUGAAGCUCCAGAUGUCAUGAAUCUUAGUCAGUGGUCUCUUCAGCAUGAAAUUUCAUGUAAACUAAGCUGCAGUUGUAUUUCGUGGAAUCCUUCAAGCUGUCGUUCUCAUGCUCCUAUGAUAGCUGUAGGAAGUGAUGACUGCAGUCCAAAUGUCCUUGCAAAAGUUCAGAUUUAUGAAUAUAACGAAAAUACCAGGAAGUAUGCAAAAGCAGAAACUCUUAUGACUGUCACAGAUCCUGUUCACGAUAUAGCAUUUGCUCCGAACCUGGGGAGGUCUUUUCAUAUAUUAGCUGUAGCUACCAAAGAUGUUCGGAUUUUCACACUAAAGCCUAUCAGAAAAGAACUGACUGCUUCAUCGGGACUGACAAAAUUUGAAGUACAGUUAGUAGCUCAAUUUGAUAACCACAAUUCCCAAGUUUGGCGUGUAAGCUGGAACAUUACAGGCACAGUGCUUGCCUCAUCAGGAGAUGAUGGAUGUGUAAGACUAUGGAAAGCUAACUACAUGGACAACUGGAAGUGCACUGGAAUUCUGAAAGGCAAUGGAAGUCCAGUCAAUGCUAGCUCCAGUCAGCAGGGAGUUUUUAAUGUUCCUUUGGGCACAGCCAAUGCAAGCUUCCAGAAUUCAGUCAAUGGGACAUCUGCUGGCAGGUGUUUCUUUCCCCCUCUGGAUUCCCCACGGGCUGGAUCAAGGUGGUCCAGUUAUGCCCAGCUCCUACCUCCUCCUCCUCUGAUAGAGCACUCUUGUGAUGCUGACACUGCCAAUCUCCAGUAUCCUCACCCUCGCAGACGAUAUAUCUCUCGACCUCUUAAUCUGUUACGGGAAAAUGAAGGGGUUCACAUUGUUAUGGAAGACUUCAGUUACAUUGCAGAUGAGACAAUUCCAAGCUUCUUAGCCAACUCACUAACUAGUCGCGCCAGUGAAAUUUGGGACAAUAUUACAGUAGCAUCAAGCCUUGGGUUGCCUGUAGCUGCUUCAACUGAAGCUAGAGAGAAAACUGGUUGUCAUGAAAGACUUUGUGAUCAAGCAUCUUAUGUGGAAGAGAGAUUGUUUGUUCAGUCACCUUUGUCAUACUGUGGCGAAUCUGCUUCUGAUCCAAGGAAGAACCUUGCGCUUAUCUUGCAGGAUACAAUAGUUAAUUGUAAUAAACCUGAAGAAACGUUCUUGGAAUCUGUCCAGAAAGAAGAAUCUAAUUCUUUGCAGAGAAGAGAGAACCAAAAUUGCAGUGAUGCAUGCUUGGGUAACAAUCAAGAUACUGUCUGUGAUGUUCCACUUGAACAUCUGGAAGAUUUAACCACUGGAAUAUGUUCCUUUGCAGGAAGAAAGAGUCAAGAUGGCAAGGUUUCUUCAUUCCAUCGUAAUCAGAAAUGGGUGAAAGGUACCAUAGGUGACAAUGAUACGAUUGGUUUCGCCAGUGUAAUAGAAAAUGAAAAAUUGUUUGCUCUUGCAAGCUUAGAAGGCUGUUCCUCAGAUGAUGAAAUUGGGGAUGAAGAGUUCUAUGACGAUCAGUUGGAAGCCUACUUUGAAAAGCUGGCACUGCCUGAAGUGCAAAUGGAUGAUAUUGAAGAAGAUGAACGUGACAGAUGUACGAAAGCCAUGAUGGAAUUGCUUCCAGAAGAGGAAAAAUUCCAGAUACUUGAUAUUUGCCAAGCUGUAACAAGAAUGGAUUCUCCUGUUGUGAGUAAUGAAGAUUUGCGUGAGUUUAGGGAAGCUGGAUGCACUGUGAAGGCUGAGCAAUUUAUGUUGCCCUUAGCCACAAAGCAAGAGGAAGUUGAAUGCCCAACUCUCAAACAGAAUCUAUUACAGAAUGAUAGUUCUAAUAAACCUACUGAAAGAACUACACUGGAAAUACCCUCUGCAACAACAAAAGAUUCACAACUGAUCCAUUCUGAUGUAGUGGGUGUUCUUGACUGUGGUAGUGAAGAUGGAACAGCCUUAAAAGCAAAUGCAUUCAACAGUGGCAGAAAUAUAAGAGAAGAUACUGAAAAUCAGACUCUGUAUGAUUCUGCUGAAGAUUCUUCUCUUGAUAGGGAUGUCCUAAACAAAGUCAGCUGUUCUGAGCUAAAACUAGAUUCGUUAUAUUUUAAAUAUAUUGAUGGUAACAAUGCUGCUUCUGAACUCUGGCAUGCAAAGGAACAUUACCAAGAUGUUAAUGAAAGCAGUGUUUCUCUAGAGGAUGAGUACCUAUCCCCAAGUGCUUGUCGAAGAUCAGAUCAAUAUCAAGGUACAACAGAAGAGGAGUCAUCUCAUAAUGUUGUAUAUCAAAAUGAAGACGGUAGAUGGGUGACAGAUCUUGCAUACUACACUUCAUUUAAUAAAGAACAAGUUUCCAAUCUCUUGAAUACAAAUGAAAACUUCAUAACUGGAUCUGAAGCAAUUGAUAUGAUUGCCAGAGAUCAAGAAGAAUUUGAGAAAGAGCACAGGUUUAUGCAGGAAGAGCAAAUCGAUGCACAAAAUUUAUCUGGAUUAGGAGAUACAUCAUGGAAAUCAGUUAGUAGCUAUAAUGCAGUAAGAGCUUCACAAGCAGAAGACUAUGGCAAAGAUGCCAGCUAUUUACGGCUAUCUCUGGGAGAGUUUUUUGGUCAAAGAUCCGAGGCUCUUGGUUGCCUUGGAGGAGAUGGUGAUGUGAAAAGGCCAUCUUUUGGUUAUCAUAUUACUUCUCCAGAGAAGAGACAGCCUGUAGCGUUGCUUACGGAAUCAAGUGUAUCUGGAGCCAAUUCUGAUGAACCAUGUAAACAGUCAUGUGACAUUGUUCAAGGCAACCUAGAAGACAGCAUUAAAGAGAAACCACGUAGUGCAUCAGCUACUUUCAUUCUUGCUGAAAAGGACACAUCAGCUAGCAAAAAUAUAUAUACAGAGAGAGAUAUUAAAAGCAAAACUCAGGAAAAAGCAGGAAAAAGGAAAGUUGAAAACAUACACCCUGAACUAAAGCCGCCUGGGCUGAGUAUAAGCAGAAUUGCAUCUGCUAUUGCAGAUGCUUCUGUUAGUGCUGAACCUUCUCAGUUAGCAGCUAUGAUAAUGGCACUUUUAAAUAACAGCAGAGAGAGAACCAACAUUCUUGAGGCUGGCAAAACUGCAGACUUCUCUGUGAUCAGUCAGUUUUUAGCCAGCAAUGUAGAAAAUAGUACAUUUGAUAUGGAGAAGUAUCUCGGGAGAACUGAAGAAGGUAAGAAUAACACCAAAUUUGAAAGCUUCUUUAAUCAUGAGGACAUUAACACAGACUGGCUUAAAUCUUUGUAUAAGCAAGAACAUCAAAUUGUUCCUACAGAAGACUUAUCCAGAAGCGAUUUAUAUAUCAAACAUGGGAAAGAGAAACAGCAAGUGGAAAGAGAGUGUGAAGGAAACUGUUCCAAAGACUCACCUUGCAAUACCACUUCCAAAAAGAAAAACAGCAUAGGAUCUCUGGACCCAAGUUUAGAAGUAGAAACAAAUGAUAACUUUCAGUCAAAGCAGCUGACCUCCCUUGCACCAGGUUCAAAAGAGAGAUCUGGGUGUGCAGAAAUACUUUUGGAGAAGCAUGUAACAAAGAUAACAUGUGUUGCUCACUCUGAACCAGAAGAUAGAACUAGCACAAGCACGUCACCCUUGAGCUUGAACACUGUUUCAGUAUUGGUUUCUCCUCAUCCUGCGUAUCCUGUCAAAGGAAUGGUUGCACAUGAAGUUCAGUACAAAAAUAAGCAAGAUGGAAAAAUCCUGAAAAAGAAUUCUACAUAUAGCAGUGAAAAACAUGUGACUUUUGAAAAUUCACCUAUUGAUAAUCAGAAACUUGUUGGUGAAGCUCUUGUAGAGGCUGAACAGAAACCUACAUCUCCUAUGCCUUCUAUGCAGAUUUCAGAUGAACAAUAUAGUUUCAGGCCUUCAACAUCUCCACUUACUCAUUCAUCUCCAAGUGAAACUUCUGGAACAGUUCUUUCAGGAUAUGAUGUUGACUGUCCUUGUACAAUGCCAGAUUUUAAGCGAUCCUCUUGCAGUGAGGGUACAUUACUUCAAUCAGUAGCUUCUAGUCCUAGCUUGGGACGAUUGACCUUUGUGUCUGCCUCCGAAAGCACAAUUAAGAAUUUAGUUCUUUCUAGUCCAGAGAGAUGUCAGAGUAAUAAGGGUAGUGAGUUGAGCACAACAAUAGUCUGGACCAGUCCACCUUCAGCAUUGGAGCAGGACACUGAAAAAAACCCCACUGCUUUACAAACAAACAAAAAAACCUCAGUGAGCACUACCCAAAGAAGCCUUUCUAAGAAGCUAGAGGCAGCUGAAUCUACAGAGAAUAACAAUCCAUCUGAGGACCAGAAAACAUCAGCAGAACAUGCAUCAAAAAGCAGAGACCAGUUUGCACACAUUUGUCCUGACAUAACACCCAAUAAUAAUGAACUCUGUCGUUCUGAUAUUCCUGUAACAUUUUGCGGCUAUACAAACACAGCACCUGAACUAGGCUUACCUUCUCUAAAUAUGUUGCCAUCCUCCAGAGGGUUUGAUGCCUGCAUUCCCUUAAAUCAAAAUAUACCAAACUUGAAAUCCCAUUAUGCUGCUUCUGAGAUUCCAUCAGUACCUUCUGUGAUGCCAACCUUGUUAACAAGUUGUUCCCUGAGAGCAACUCCAUUUGCCCAACAAUAUAUGGGAAACCUGCCAUCAAGUGCAAAUAUUGCUUUGCCUCAGUAUCGUCUUGAUUGUCCUCAAGUCUUUGGCCUUCCAGCAGGACUGAUUUAUUCUAGCAUCCCUGUGGGUCAUACUCAAAACUCACUGGCUACAGGAAUGGCCCUUGGUCCAGAUGUUAGGUCUGGAUUGCUGGAUGCAGCUCCACAUUACAAGUUUACAUCCAACCCGCAUAUUUUUAGUAGUGAAGCAGGUACGAUGCAUAUAGCUGAUGUUGCCGGGCCUAGGCAGUGGGAAGUGUCUGCGCCAUUUGAAUAUGGGCAUGUGAAAGUACCAGAAGAAAUAAAAUUCUGCGAUGCUUGUUGUGUAGGUAUCACUUCGCAAACAGGCCUCAGCAUUCUUAACCCUACUGAACGCUGGCUACAAGUCUGCAUUGAGCUGCGUAGUGUUACUCUUAAUGGGGAAAAGAUGGAACCUCUGAAACAUGGAUGCCUGCUAUUUAAGAACAAAACUGUCAUAGGACCUUGUAGUACAGAAGAAAUAAAAAUACUAUUCUUACCUUGUCAAGCGGGAGUCUUCCAGUGUGUGCUUAGCAUUGCCUCUUGGCCACUUUCUGCAGAUGCAGAGACAAUAGUCCAGGCAGAAGCUUUAGCAGCCAGGGUAAUCUUGAAUGCAGUUGCUGAAAAUCCUGAUCUUGAGGUGGAAGUAAAACAGCUUGACUUUGGUGAUCUGCCAUCUAGAAGCUGGAGAAGUCUUCCACUAAAAUUGGUUAAUAAAACGCAUGCUAGAGUGCCUAUCAGACUUGUUAUCAAUGCAAAUGCUGUUGCAUGGCGAUGUUUCACGUUUUCCAAGGAACCUGUUACUCUUCCCAUUAAAAGUACAGCCAAUACAUAUAAUAUUUCUCAGCUAGCAGCUCCGUCAGUGAUUUCCCAUGUCAUGAAUCCAAGCUACAAUGAGCAGGAUCCUGAAGCUGUGGUAGUUUGGGUCCAGUUCCAUGCACCAAGCAAACGCAUCUCUUCCGAUUUUUUGGGCCCGCCAGAUGAGUACUUGGCAAGAAUUGAUGUGGAGGUUGAUUGUCCAGAGCCUGCUAACAUUUUAAGUAUUCCUUUGUGUGCAAGAUCUGGAACUCCUAGAAUAUAUGCCCCAAAGGGUCUGCAGACUUUAUAUAUGUCUGCAAGAGUAGGUUCAUCAACAAGGCAGCAGCUGCCUCUAAAGAAUGCUGGGAAUAUUAGAGUUGAUUUAAAAAUCAUGACACUGGAGCCAAGUAGCAGCAUCUCUGUUGAGCCUGAGGAACUGGUCCUUGCACCUGAGGAAGAACGAGAAGUGACAGUUCAGUUCUCUCCAAAGGACUGCAGAAAUGCUGAAAGUGUUGUGAAAAUUUUCGUGUUGCCCUCUGGACCAGAGUAUAAAGUAACUGUGAAAGCUGAAGUACCUGUGGUGGAGAGCAAACCUUUUGCACAAAUGUGCCCCAACUCAGAAGUUCCCCCUAUCCUUGCUAAUAAGCAGCUUGUGGCAUGGGGUGGUGUACAACUUGGAAGAACGGUUCAACAGAAAUUAAUUCUGAGAAAUGAUUCUCAGACUACUACCCAGCAGUUACGAUUGGUGAUAAGAGGUCAAGAUCAGGACUGUUUUCAGAUUAAACUUGGAGAACAUGUUUACAGCGACUGUGAAAUCAAAAUCCGACCAAAACAUGACUACAGUGUGUUCUUAAUAUUUACACCACCUCGUUUAGCUUGCAUGUUGGCAAAGCUUGAAAUGAAACAGCUUGGGUUUCCAACAAGACAAGGAAUCAAGUUCACUAUACCCUUGUAUGGAAUUGGGGGCAGAAGCAGUGUGAUCUUAGAAAAUGUGAAAAAAAACUAUAACAGAUACCUGGUGGAGCUGAAUGAGCCGUCACCUGGGGAAACAAGCAAGGUUUCUUUCUCUCUCAGAAAUACAGGGUGUCGGGCAGCCUAUGUUAAAGCAUUAUGUUUUAGGAAUUUUUGUGAAAGAAUUAUCAUGGAUCCACAUAUGCUGAGAGUAUUUCCAGAGAAGUUUGUCCUUAAAGAAGGUGAGCAGCAGAAAGUUACAGUAAUGUGUAACUGUACUGAAGGUGAAUACAAUAAUGCACCAGUGUUAUCUACAGUUUGCUUCUUCUAUGGAGAUGAAAUAUCAAGACAGCAGUAUCUCAGAGCUAUCCAGCAUAAUCCACAGCAAAACCGAAAUAUACUCCCAGCUAAUAAUCCAGCGAUAAAUGUAAAGUUUGAUGAAGAGUUCCCAGGGGAAGAGCUGGUGACUGAAGUAUGUGAUCUUCCACAACAAACAAAUGAUAUCCAGAGUUUCUUCUUAAACAUGCGUAGGAUUAUUCUUUAUGUUUAUAAGGCAUCUACUAGUGCUUCUUUAAAUGCCUUGCCACCAUCAGGACAUCAUAUGAUAUUGGACAGACGUGGUAUGCCUGAGAAGCAAAGCAUGACUCUAGAUGUACUACCUGUUAAAGGCCCUCAUGGUUGUGUACUUCCAUCAAGUACCAAAAGUCAAAAUGAGAAUAAGCUUAUUUCUCAGGAGACCUGGACUGUGCAGCCUGAAGUUCUGAUUUUCUCAGCUCCUUCUCUGAGUGGAGUAACAGACACUAGACAUACACAAAUAACCAACAACUCGAACAGGUCAUUGAAAUUUGAGCUCUCAUGGCCUGCUCAUUGCCUUACGAUAACACCUCAACAUGGAGCUAUUGAACCUGGAAACUGCAUUUCAAUUCAUGUGAGCCCAAAUCCAUCACUCGCAGACAACAAAUCCAUAUUUCCAUGGAGUGGUCUCAUUUACAUACAUUGUGAUAAUGAACAAAAGCUUGUUAGAGUCCAAAUUCGUGAGAAUACCUUUGAACAAUCUAGAAGGAAUCCAACAAUUUCUAAUUUAGGUCUCCGUCACCAUAACACUGAUCUUCCUGUUAACAUAAUAAAACCACUCCAAAAGCCACCUUCUACACAGAUUGAGAUCAAGAAUCGGAUUCUAGUCUUUCCUGAGACAAAGUCUAGUGAAAGCUCAGAGAAAUUCCUAGAGUUUGAAAAUAAUGGGAAUGAAAAUAUUAAGUGGUUUUUGUCAUCUUUUGCACCCCCUUAUGUCAAGGGUGUAGAUGGAAGUGGAGAGGUUUACAGGGCUACAUAUACAGCUUUUCAGUGCUCAUGUAGUUCUGGUACACUUGAAGCACACGGGAAAGAGAAAGUUGUAGUCACCUUUUUGCCAAGAGACAGAGGUGAUUAUUCUCAGUUUUGGGAUCUUGAAUGUCAUCUACUUCAUGAACCUCACCUGAAAGACAAACACAGACUUCAGUUUUCUGGCGUGGGCACUGUAGAAAAUGAAGCUUUAAAGAACGAAUCCUCCUCAUCUGCUUUAGUAAAAGUAAAUGUUCCUGUUACAUCCCAAAGAAGAGAUCAGUCUGAUACCUUUGAUCCCAAAGCUGGCAGGGAAGGAGUAUAUGCACAAGACGGUGUUCAUACAUUUCCUACAACAAGGGUUGGUGAAUCAAGCAUGUUGAAAAUCCGCAUGCGAAAUUAUUCCAGCUCUUCAACCAUGCUGAAAUUUUUAAAACCCAGGGAGCCUUUUUACAUCAAGCAUUCUCAUUAUAAUUUAAGAUGUCAUCACUACUGCAACUUACCGGUCUUCUUCAGGCCUGUGUCUGCAGGCAUUUUCAAAAGCGUGUUGGUGGUACAGACAGAGAAAAGUUAUACACUCACCAUUCAGCUCCUUGGUGAGGGCUUGCCACAGCAGUAGCCAUUAGCUAUUAUUAAAACAUGCCAUACAACUAAACUAUUGAUUUAACAAGCAUCUUUGUUGUACACUAGAAUGAUAUUUUGUAGGAAACUGUUAUUUUUAAUAAUGAUUUUGUACAGGUAUCAUGUGACUUACACUACUGCACUUUGGCUAUCAGAAGCAAGACUUAUCUCUUAUUUUUGUAUUGUUUACCAGUUAUAAUGUUUAACUCAAAAUUUCGUAAAUAAAAAUGUUCAUUUAA